CUCCCUGCAGCAGCCCAAUGUAGCUCUAGGAGCUUUCACUUCUCCAUCUAUGGGAAGAAGGACUACGCCAAAGUGUCAGAUGAUGUGAGUUACACAAGGAUAACACCGACUGUUUUUUUCUUCCAAUAAAUGUAUUCAAGAGACAUUCUUGUUAUGAAGCCAUUGUAUAUACACAUAUUGUAUUUGCAUAUAUACAUACAAUAUGCAUAGUUUAUUUUAAUAUUUUUAGAUUCCCUUUUAAUUUGUAUGAUUUUCUCGCAAUUUUGUUUGUUACAAUGUCAUAUCAGCCAUGUUUUUUUUAGUUAUCAAUAUUCACAGGAGGUCACUGUCUGUCUGUCUGUGUGUAUCUGAGUCAAUAUUAUUCUGAUCCUCAGAUCUCAACCCAGUACCCGGUAGUGGAUCAUGAGUUUGAUGCGGUGGUGGUAGGGGCUGGGGGAGCAGGUCUGAGAGCUGCUUUUGGUCUGUCUGAGGCUGGCUUCAACACAGCUUGUAUCACCAAGCUGUUCCCUACCAGGUCUCACACUGUGGCAGCACAGGUAUGCCUACGCAUAUUUAGGGGUCAAUCCUAACUUCAGUCUCCCGUUGACAUCAAUGCAUCAAGGAUUCGUACCUUAUUUCAUAUUUUUCAUAUUUUACUAGUUGGAGGGAAUUGGGGUUUGGCUUGGGAGUAGUUGGGUAGCUUCUCAACAAUCACCUGUAGUUCAAGUGCGUGUGAAAUGACAUGAUCAUUACAGUACUAUUAUGAUGAAUGAAUAGAAAUGCACUUUAUUCAUUUACCGUUCUACAUUGGUGUCCUAUCCUAAAUAAUGAAUGAAUGAAUGAAUGUUGAAUUCAUUAGUGUUGAUCUUGAUCUUGUCUAAUCCAGGGUGGGAUCAAUGCAGCCCUGGGUAACAUGGAGGGAGAUGAUUGGAGGUGGCACUUCUACGACACAGUGAAGGGAUCUGAUUGGCUAGGGGACCAGGACGCUAUCCACUACAUGACGGAGCAGGCCCCAGCUGCUGUGGUGGAGGUGAUAGAUUUAGUACACUAUAUAGGGAAUAGGGUGCAAUUUCAGACACAGAUCCUGGUGUUUUAGUCUGUUCUUCCCCAAAGACAUAAAAGAAAGUGCUGUAAUAUGGUUGUAUCACAUUGUUUUUUGUCACCCCCGCUAGCUGGAGAACUUUGGUAUGCCCUUCAGUCGGACAGAGGAUGGGAAGAUCUAUCAGAGGGCCUUCGGGGGUCAGAGCCUGCAGUUUGGAAAGGGAGGCCAAGCACACCGAUGCUGCUGCGUAGCUGACAGGACUGGACACUCCCUACUUCACACACUCUAUGGACGGGUAUGUCUAAUGUUAUCAUGAGACAGUUACGAGACUCGCUUGAUCAAAUAUGUUCUCUAGUUUGAUUGAUUCAUUGACCGAUUUUAUUUGGCAGUUAAAAAACACAAGUACAUAGAUUUUAAAAAAACUUGACAGGGAUAAACACAAAAAGUAAAUCAACUUAUUUCCAUUGUGGUCCCUAAGGUGAAUGGUACAAAAACAUUUCAAGGCCAAUGUGUGGUGGUUCAACAACAAAAGCUGGAAAAAGAGCUGAGGCAGUGGUUUAGUUGGCGUUCACGAGUCUGGCUUCAGUCUGAGACCUUGGACACAUUGACUGUUGUUUAUACAACCAUGUAUCUUUGAUUUUAAAUGUCCCAUUUGUACUUCCUCUCCUCUCCAGUCCUUAAGGUACGAUACCAGCUACUUUGUGGAGUACUUUGCCCUGGACCUGCUGAUGGAGGAUGGAGAGUGCAGAGGAGUGAUCGCUCUCUGCAUGGAGGACGGAUCCAUCCACCGCUUCAGAUCCAAGAACACUGUCAUUGCUACUGGGUAUGCUUGUUAUUGUCCCAGAGCCUUUAAUAUGUAUCAUAUCCCUCAUAAUUAAGCCCUGUAAUGUCCUGACAAUCGGUUUUGAGUCAGUAGGGUUAUGCAUCUCAAAAUGUCUACACCAAUAGCAACCACCAUGCUGCAUAUCAUCUUGUGUUCUCAUAUGUGUCCUUAUAUCCAAUAUCUCUCUUUGUCUGUGUAGGGGUUAACUAUCUCUCUUUGUCUGUGUAGGGGUUAACCAUCUCUCUUUGUCUGUGUAGGGGUUAACCAUCUCUCUUUGUCUGUGUAGGGGUUAACCAUCUCUCUUUGUCUGUGUAGGGGUUAACUAUCUCUCUUUGUCUGUGUAGGGAUUAACUAUCUCUCUUUGUCUGUGUAGGGGUUAACUAUCUCUCUUUGUCUGUGUAGGGGUUAACUAUCUCUCUUUGUCUGUGUAGGGGUUAACGAUCUCUCUUUGUCUGUGUAGGGGUUAACUAUCUCUCUUUGUCUGUGUAGGGGUUAACUAUCUCUCUUUGUCUGUGUAGGGGUUAACUAUCUCUCUUUGUCUGUGUAGGGGUUAACUAUCUCUCUUUGUCUGUGUAGGGUUUUAACUAUCUCUCUUUGUCUGUGUAGGGGUUAACUAUCUCUCUUUGUCUGUGUAGGGGUUAACGAUCUCUCUUUGUCUGUGUAGGGGUUAACUAUCUCUCUUUGUCUGUGUAGGGGUUAACCAUCUCUCUUUGUCUGUGUAGGGGUUAACUAUCUCUCUUUGUCUGUGUAGGGGUUAACUAUCUCUCUUUGUCUGUGUAGGGUUUUAACUAUCUCUCUUUGUCUGUGUAGGGGUUAACUAUCUCUCUUUGUCUGUGUAGGGGUUAACUAUCUCUCUUUGUCUGUGUAGGGGUUAUGGCCGUACCUACUUCAGCUGUACCUCAGCCCACACCAGCACCGGGGAUGGCAACGCCAUGGUAACCAGAGCUGGCCUACCAUGCCAGGACAUGGAGUUUGUACAGUUCCACCCCACCGGUAAGAACCACAGCCAGUAACCACACUGUAACCACACUGUAACCACACUGUAACCACACUGUAACCACACUGUAACCAUACUGUAACCACACUGUAACCACACUGUAACCACACUGUAACCACAUUGUAACCACACUGUAACUGGUAAACCCACAGCCACUAACCACACUGUAACCACACUGUAACCACACUGUAACCACACUGUAACCACACUGUAACCACAUUGUAACCACACUGUAACUGGUAAACCCACAGCCACUAACCACACUGUAACCACACUGUAACCACACUGUAACCACACUGUAACCACACUGUAACUUGUAAACCCACAGCCACUAACCACACUGUAACCAUACUGUAACCAGUAAGGAGAGCCAUAGCCACUCCCCACUUAUGAAAUCCAUAUUUACUGUAAGCAGUGAGGAUUUGUUUUAAGGUCAACUGACUGACCUUUCAUUACGUAAAUGCCAAGGUCAUCCGUGUAUAUUUGACCUGAGGUGACACCUGACACCAUAGCUGUGAUGUAACCCUGUCAGGUAUCUAUGGCGCCGGCUGCCUCAUCACUGAGGGUUGUCGUGGCGAGGGAGGGAUCCUCAUCAACAGUGAAGGAGAGCGCUUCAUGGAACGCUACGCUCCCAACGCCAAAGAUCUGGCCUCCCGGGAUGUGGUGUCACGCUCCAUGACCAUUGAGAUCCGCGAGGGAAGGUAUGAUCAUCAACAAUACUCAAUAUUGAUUUCAUUACAUAUUUUUAUCCACCAGUAGUUGACUCAAUCCCUAACCCCCUUAAUAGCAUUCAUUCUUGGAGAUGGAAGUGAAAAUUGAAUUGGAAUUUGAGGCCACAUCUUGAAAUCGGCACUAAAAUCAAUGAUUCUACUUAAAAAAGACACUCUCUCACAGAAAGACACUCUCUCACAGAACUCUCUUUUCAUUUCCAGGGGUUGUGGUCCAGAGAAAGACCAUGUGUACCUGCAGCUGCAUCACCUGCCCCCCCAGCAGCUGGCCACCCGCCUGCCUGGUAUCUCUGAGACGGCCAUGAUCUUCGCUGGGGUUGACGUCACCAAAGAGCCCAUCCCCGUCCUGCCCACCGUCCACUACAACAUGGGAGGAGUCCCCACUAACUACAAGGGACAGGUAGAUUAUAACACUCUUUACAAUUCUCACUGUUUGUUUGGGGAUUUUAUUUUCUCCGUAAGGGAUUGUGAUCACUAUGGCUGGGUAAAACAGAUUGAUUGAUUAGCUGACAACAUUUAUUGUCCUUCAAGAAACUUCACGUAAAUCAAUCAAUCAAUCUUACCCAGAACUAGAUAGACAGUAUUUGACUCUAGACCGACCUGUAACUAUCUUGGUCAUCUCCCCCUCAGGUCAUAACUCAUACUGAAGGGGAGGACAAGGUGGUACCAGGGCUGUAUGCCUGUGGUGAGGCUGCCUGUGCCAGUGUCCAUGGUGCCAACCGGCUGGGUGCCAACUCCCUGCUGGAUCUGGUGGUGUUUGGCAGAGCCUGUGCCCUCACCAUCGCUGACACCUGCACUCCAGGUAAGCAGGCUCUUCACAUUAUGACUGAUUGGUUAGAUUAUUGAUUUAUUGAUUUAUUGUUCUUUAUCAGUCAUGUUAAAAACGAAUAGCUAAUAAUGCUUUAAUAUGCUUGGAGUUUGACUUUCUGUUUUUGACAUUCUAGGUGAGAAGCUUUCCCCACUGAAGCCCAGUGCUGGAGAGGAGUCUGUGGCCAACCUGGACAAGAUAAGGUUCGCUAACGGGAACACCAGAACCUCCGAGAUCAGACUCAACAUGCAGAGAGUGAGGAAUACAUGUUGGCUAAAAGGUUUUCUGUUGAAAUGAAUUGGCAUCUGUAUACAGUAUAGUGUAUUUAACUAGGCAGUGCAGUGGUACACAUAGAUUUUUCAUUUGUCAUGUCUGAGCUUUUUAAAACCAAUCCUCUCGUCUUUUUGUCUCUGUCUCCAGACGAUGCAGAACCAUGCAGCAGUGUUCCGUACCGGAGAUGUUCUGAAGGAGGGAUGUGACAAGAUGGACGCCAUCUACCAGACCAUGGAGGACAUCAAGACAUUUGACCGAGGUCAGUAGUUUACCUCAAAUUAAUAUUCAGAGUUGAUCUCACUUACAUUUGUUGACUUUAUGUUGUGUUAUCAUAUUCAUUCGUUUGUUGGUGAGAUUUAAGACACUUUUACUCAUAGCCGUAGUGGUGCUGAGGGUGCUGCAGCACACCAUGAAAAUUAUAUUUUGGGGGGAAAUGAUUUGUUCACAAAAGUAGUGCACUGGGCCUUUACUCGUCCUGUAUUAGCGGACUGAUGUAGCCGUCUGUAGCACAGGCAAAACAUUUAACACCCCCCCGUCCCCGUCCCCCGUCCCCGUCCGCGAAAAAAUCUCAGCACCCCCAAACUAAUUUGCGCGGUUAUGGUUUUACCAUACCUAGAUUAAAACACAGGAUCAGGAUCGUCAGACCCCAGGAUUGGUGUUGGUUGUUCUAACUGACGUUUCCCUCCCGUUCUGUCAGGUAUCGUGUGGAACACUGACCUGGUGGAGUCUCUGGAGCUGCAGAACUUGAUGCUGAAUGCCAUGCAGACGAUCCACUCUGCCGAGGCCCGCAGGGAGAGCAGGGGAGCACAUUCCCGGGAGGACUACAAGGUGAGAGAAGGUUAAAUAAGACGGGGAGAGCUCUCCAACCAGACACUCAAAUAAAGGGAUCUACAACUCAGGGCCUCAAAGCUGCACUACAAAUCUCCCAAUUGGAGCGAUACAGGUAUUGAUUGAUUGGUUGAUUGAUUUGUUGAUUGAUUGGUUGAUUUGUUGGUUGAUUUGUUGGUUGAUUGAUUGGUUGGUUGAUUGCUUGAUUUGUUGGUUGAUUGCUUGACUUGUUGGUUGAUUGAUUGAUUGGUUGGUUGAUUGCUUGAUUUAUUGGUUGAUUGCUUGACUUGUUGGUUGAUUGAUUGAUUUGUUGGUUGAUUGAUUGAUUGGUUGAUUGGUUAAUUGAUAGGCAGUGGACUUAAAUGGGACGUUGUGUGUUCCAGGACCGUAUGGAUGAGCUGGACUACGCCAGGCCUCUGGCAGGACAGGAGAGGAAGCCUUUCGAACAGCACUGGAGGAAACACACCAUGUCCUCUGUGGAUCCUAAGACUGGCAAGGUAAAACAACUACCACAACUCCUGUCUGUGUGUCUGGUGGUAAUGCUUUGGUGGAAACGCAAAUGGCCAAUUUCCCUGAACAAAAUCAAGCCUGUCCGGACUAAAAAGCAUUUAUUUCCAUUGAGCAUACUAGGAGACUGAUCUCUCUCUCUCUCUGUCAUGUCCCAGGUGGCUCUGGAGUACCGACCAGUGAUUGACACCUCUCUGGACCAGGAGGCGUGUUCAGCCAUCCCUCCAGCCAUCCGCUCCUAUUAAGACCAUCUCAACAGGAACAUUCACCUCGUAUUCAUUAGUGCCAGACUGUACGCUUCCGGCAAAACCUACCUAGGAUCCAUUUCACUGUAUGACCUUCACUCUGUGUGAGGGAGCACUGUAAAUAGGGUAUUAUUGCCUUCUCACCACGCCGCUUUGACUUUCAACACAAAUAUUGUCGUCUACACCGCAAGCAAAGGAGUUGUUAAGGGAUUGUGAUUGAAGUUUGUAAAUAUGUAAUUGUUGUAUAAUAAUAAUUGUCUGUUGUCAUAUGAAGUUGUAGAGUAGUUAACCUAUAGGUGUAUAGUUGCUUAAAUACUCCCAUUCUCUGUUGUCCGCUGAUACCAUAAUAUUAGGGCUCAUAAUGGAAUACUGAAUUUGAAUAUUGUGUAAUCAUUGUAGUUCAGAGUGCUAAGAUAUCCUAUGUCCUGUAGAUGUCCCUUCAGUUUCACUAACACAUAGUCUUUAGUGAUUAUCCUUUCAGGAUAAACGCGUGUGUAGAACUGGCGUGUGACCAGCAAUAUUGGCUGGGAUGUUUGAUUUCACUCUGCUUGCUACAGGUUAUUAACUUUAUGGCAACUUUAUUAACUUUAUGGCAACUUUAUUAACUUUAUGGCAACUUUAUUAACUUUAUGGCAACUUUAUUUAUAUUUAAAAUAUACUUAACUACAGUUGUCUUUGUGCUACUUACUGGUGGAAUAUAGUAAACAUUAUGACAAUUACGAUGGGGAAAAUAAAUGAAAUACGAUGUAUGUUACCGAUAAUUAGUUUGGAUUUGCUUUGUUCUCGUGUUGUGUAUUAUUAAAAAUGUGUAAUUAAACUUAGAAAUUAAAUCA